AUGUAGUUGGCCAGAGGGUGGAGACGGAGAACAAUGAGAGAGCUAAAUGGUAGGACCAGUAGAGGUAGAUCAUCUAAAUCAGAGCCCUCCCCACCUGUGAAGUCCUGCAGGACGGACGAGCCGGUGACAGAAACACAGGGUUCAAUAUGAGCAGGAAAGCAUGCGGACUUGUUUGAGCGCGCAACCGACAUCAGAGCUGCACUCCUGCGGAGCGCCGAUGUGAAUGAAUGGGCUCCUCUUCUUGUUUAUGCAUGUUUGUUCCUGCUGCUGAAGUGGAAGUGGGUCAUGCAGACCACUGGAGGAGCGGAAGAUAAACACGCAGCCCCCUCUGGCUGCUGCUUGGCAGGUUGAAACGGUGGACGGAACGGGUUCCGCGUCCUGCAGCUCAAAGCCCCACAUGUGGCUUUGAUUUCUUCAAAGAAAGUCUCAAAGAAGUAGGGAAAACAGGGAUAAGAACUUUUGUUUUCUUCAUUUCAAUUCCGAAUACAUUUUUUUUUUUUUUGUUGCUAUUUGAAAGCCAAGAUCCAUCUGUCGUUUCCGAUCGGGUGGAGGCUGAUCCGAGCAGAGCGCAGAAGCUCUGCUCACCGAGCGGAUGCAGGACCAUGGAGAGAGACAGGUCGCCAGCAGUGUGCCACAGAAUGUUAAGGCGAGCCUGUCCCUAUCUCCAUCCGGACCGGGGCGGGCAGGCAGCGGUGGGGGGUCCCCGACAUCUAAAACCAGCUGCUGUGGUGGGGUCCCGGUGGAGGACAUGCAGGCACUGGCCAUCACCUCGCUAUCUGCAGCUGAUGUAGCCAAACAGUAUGAGCACAUCAGAGAGCUGGGGAAGGGCACGUACGGCAAGGUGGACCUGGUGGCACACAGGACACACGGCACCAAAAUCGCGCUGAAGUUUGUCACCAAGAGCAAGACGAAGCUGAAAAGCUUUCUGCGGGAGUACAGUUUAACCGGCUCUCUCAACUGCAGCCCUUUCAUCAUCAAAGUCCUGGACGUGCUGUUUGAGACGGAGGACAGCUAUGUUUUUGGACAGGAAUAUGCCCCCUCCGGGGACCUUUUUGACAUCAUUCCGCCGCAGGUGGGUCUGCCAGAGGAGAUGGUGAAACGCUGCAUGCAGCAGCUCGGUUUGGCUCUGGAUUUCAUGCACAGUAAAAACCUGGUUCAUCGGGAUGUCAAACCCGAGAACGUGCUUCUUUUUGACCGCGAGUGUCGGCGCAUCAAGCUGGCUGAUUUCGGCAUGACCCGACGUGUGGGUUGCCGUGUGAAACGGGUAAGCGGAACCAUCCCCUACACGGCACCAGAGGUUUGUCGCGCUAACCGUGCCGAAGGCUUCCUGGUUACCACCAGUAUGGAUGUGUGGGCGUUUGGAGUGCUGGUCUUCUGCAUGCUCACGGGCAAUUUCCCCUGGGAGGCGGCAAUGCAGGCCGACGCCUUCUACGAGGAGUUCCGGCGCUGGCAGAAGGCAGGCUGUCCUGUGGGAACGUACCCUUCUCAGUGGCGCCGCUUCACCGACGACGCCCUACGCAUGUUUCAGAGGCUGCUGGCUGCUGAACCAGAAAAACGCUGCGGGGUCAAGGACGUCUUUUGCUUUAUCAAGUACGAGCUUGUCAGCGAACUGAGGCGCCGAGCAUCAUACAGAGCGAAAAGAGGAGAGAGGUCAAGCUCUGGAGUCUGUACGGGCAGCUGCACGUCGUCCUCGUCAUCCACACGCUCCUCCCUCAGACAUCAGGAGCCCUCCACCCCUCCAGGAACCUCCUGUCUCCGCCCAGCACCACUUAAACGUAGCGUCCUCUCCGACCCACUCUCUCCCAGAGAUGAGUCGGGACAGCACCAGACUGUGGGCCGAGACAAGAACAAAAGCCAGAUGGUCAUGGCGACAGCCAUAGAAAUCUGCGUUUGAACAUUCUGAUGUGAGAGCUGAGAAGCAGAUGGCUUCUUAUAGUUGUAUAAAGCUGAGAAAAGGCGUUAAUGACUUCCACAGAGACACGGUGAAACAAAAGAGGUACUCAAACCUUAAAAGAGAAGCUCAGGGUCCAGUACCAUUCUGUUAAAUGGACACCAUCAAUCAGCGGUACACAUUUGGACAGCCUGUCAAUGAAAGUCAAUUCCACUUAGGGGUUGAUUUGUGACCAAAGACUGCUUCCCGAGCAGAGAAGCCUUGCAGACGGCGUUUAGCAGGCCACUGAUGCUCCUCAAUGCUCCACAUCACCCAUUACCCCCCAAAACAAUCUGUGCUGGUGCUAAUUACUCUAAAUUUAGAUUCCCUCCAUGUUGCAGAACUUCAAUGUUUACUUAGCUAAAGUUACAUAGUGUGGUAAUCACCACACUUAAUAAACCAUUUCACAUUUUUCACGUUGUAGCCACAAACUUCAAUGUAUUUUAAUGGGAUUUGAUGUGAUUGAUCA